GGACACUGGACAAUCCUUCCUUAGUAAUAAUCAUAAUUAAGCAAAGAUAUCACGAGUUACCUCUUCAUCCCAUCCUAAUGAAGGAGCUUCGCCCUGACUGACUUCGGGAGAUGGGAUUACUCAACAUAGCAGAUCAGACCCCACUGGUCCAGGCCAUAUUUAACCGAAAUCCAGGAGAAGUUCAGGUACUGUUGCACAAGGAGGAAGAUGUCAAUGCACUGGACCAAGAGGGCCGAACCCCUCUGCACGCUGCCGCUUACCUGGGCGAUGUUCACAUCAUGGACCUUCUCAUUCAUUCAGGUGCUAGUGUUAAUGCUAAGGACCAUUUAUGGCUGACUCCCCUGCAUCGGGCAGUUGCCUCCCGCAAUGAAAAGGCAGUGGGGCUGCUGCUAAAGCAAGGGGCAGAAGUGAAUGCGCGGGACAAGCUGUGGCAGACCCCGCUUCAUGUGGCGGCAGCCAAUAGGGCCACGCGGUGUGCCGAGGCCCUGUUUCCUUACCUGGGCAGCCUGAACGUGGCGGACUGUUCCGGCAAGACUGCUCUGCAUCAUGCUGCUCACAGCGGCCAUUUGGAGAUGGUGAUGUUGCUGCUAAACAAAGGGGCCACCUUCAGUGCUAGCGAUAAGAAAGAGAGACAGCCUAUCCACUGGGCGGCCUUUCAGGGAAACUUUGAAGUAGUGAAGCUGCUGGUCUCUCGGGGUGCGGACAUGGCGUGCAAGGACAAGCGUGGCUACACCCCCCUGCACGCCUCGGCUGCCAGCGGUCAGAUCGACGUGGUGAAGUACCUGCUGCAGCUUGGGGCCGAGAUCGAUGAGCCCAAUGCCUUUGGGAACACGGCGCUGCACCUGGCCUGCUACAUGGGCCAGGAGGCCGUGGCCAACGAGCUGGUCAACCAGGGCGCUAACGUCAACCAGCCCAACCAGUGCGGCUGCACCCCGCUGCACCUGUCUGCCGUGUCCACCAACGGUGCCCUCUGCCUGGAGCUGCUCGUCAACAACGGCGCCGAUGUCAACAUGCAGAGUAAAGAAGGGAAGAGCCCUCUGCACAUGGCUGCUAUUCACGGACGCUUCACCCGCUCGCAGAUACUCAUCCAGAACGGCGGGGACAUUGACUGUGUGGAUAAAUAUGGCAAUACUCCUCUUCACGUUGCUGCUAAGUAUGGCCAUGAACUGCUGAUCAGCACCCUGAUGACCAACGGUGCUGACACAGCCAGGCAGGGGAUGCAUGGGAUGUUCCCGCUGCACUUGGCCGUGCUCUAUGGGUAUUCAGACUGUUGUCGCAAGUUACUCUCCUCAGGUCAGCUGUACAGCAUCGUGUCCUCUCUGAGCCAGAAGCAGGUCCUGUCGGCUGGGUUCGACAUAGACACCCCGGACAGUAUGGGGAGAACCUGCCUGCACGCUGCUGCCUCUGGAGGAAAUGUUGAAUGUCUUAACUUGCUGCUGAGCAGUGGUGCCGACUUGAGUAAGAAGGACAAAUUGGGAAGGACUCCAUUGCACUAUGCCGCAGCCAAUGGAAACCAGCAGGUCACGGUUGCCCUGGUGAACGCAGGGGCUGAGGUCAACGAGCUUGACAGGAAAGGCUGCACCCCCCUGCACUACUCUGCGGCCUCUCAGGCCUUCUGCCGAGUGGAUAGGCAUUACUCGGGAAGUCGCCAGGAUGAGGACCGAGGCAAGGAGAGAUUUUUUUGCCUGGAGUUCUUGCUGGAUAACGGAGCAGAUCCGGCCAUGCGGAACCUAAAGGGUUACACCCCAGUUCACUAUGCAGCUGCCCAUGGCAACAAGCAGAGCCUUGAGCUGCUCUUGGAAAUGUCUUUCAACUGUUUGGGAGAUAUAGAGAGCACCAUUCCUGUUAGCCCUUUGCACUUAGCUGCCUAUAACGGACACUGUGAAGCGUUGCGCGUUCUGUCAGAGACGCUGGUGAGUUUGGAUGCCCGCGAUUCGGAGGGGCGCACCGCGUUGCAUCUGGCGGCCCAACAGGGUCACGACCCCUGUGUGGAGGUCCUGCUGGCCCACGGGGCCUCUUGCCUGAUCCCGGACCACCGCCGCAAAUGGACCCCUCUGCAUGUGGCCGCUGCCAUCGGCUACACAGUUUGCCUGCGCUUGUUGGUUAAAAGCGGGGAGAAGGCGGACCUCGCCGACAUCACAGACGCUCAGGGAGAGACCCCCCUGAUGCUGGCGGUGCUGGGCAGCCACACGGACUGUGUGCGCCUCCUGCUGGAGAAAGGGGCCCUGCCCAACCUGGGGGACCGAAGGGGGAGGACCGCUCUGCACCGUGCGGUGGUGAUGGGGUGUGAGGACUGCAUAUCUGCCCUGCUGGAGAGCCACGCCUCUGCGCUCAGUCAGGACUUCCAGGGUCGCUCCCCCCUCCACCUGGCAGCAUCCUGCGGGUGCACAGACCUCCUGAGGGGGCUGCUCCUGGCCUCCAGCGCUUCCCAACCACCAGCCUCCAUAUUGGACUGCUACCAGUACACCCCCACGCACUGGGCUGCCUACCACGGGCAUGAAGACUGUUUGGAAGUUUUACUUGAACACAAACCAUGUAGUAUCCAGGAAGGAAACCCUUUCACCCCAUUGCACUGUGCUUUGAUUAAUGGCCAUGUUGGGGCAGCAGAGCUGCUGCUGGAGAUCGGGGGCUCUCCACUGGUAAACAUCAGAGAUGCUAAGGGGAGGACCCCGCUGCAUGCGGCCGCUUUCACAGAGAACGUGGCCGGCCUGCUGCUGGUGCUCAGCCAGGGGUCGGAGGUCAACGCCGUGGACCACACCGGACGCUCCGCCCUCAUGGUGGCGGCUGACCGCGGGCAGACCGCCGCUGUGGAGAUCCUGCUGCACAGAGCCAAGGCUGACCUGACCCUGCUGGAUGUGAACAACAAUAUGGCCCUGCAUCUGGCCUGUAACAAGGGUCAUGAGAUGUGUGCCCUCCUCAUUCUGGGGGAAAUUGAAGACCUGUCACUCAUCAAUGCCACCAACAAUGCUCUGCAGAUGCCCCUUCACAUGGCUGCCAGGAAGGGCCUGGCCACAGUGGUGCAGGUGCUGCUGAGUCGUGGUGCCACAGUGCUGGCUGUGGAUGAGAAGGGUCACACCCCUGCCCUGGCCUGUGCACCCAAUCAGGAUGUGGCAGACUGCCUGGCCCUCAUCCUUUCCACCAUGAAGCCUUUUCCUCCCAAAGACCCCUCUGGCGCCCCCUUCAGCCUGAACCUGCUGAAGCACUGCGGCAUUGUGGCGGCCUGCAGCCCCCUGCCCAACGGAGGCCUGCACCACACCUACAGCAAGGACCGCCACGGCGCCCUGGGCGUGGACAGCUGCUUCUCCGAGUGACCCCGCCGCGUGCACACAUGCACACGCACACACACACACACGCACACCCGCACACGCACCUGCACACGCACACACACACACACACACACACACACACACACACACACACAAACAUGGCGUGUGUGUGUACAUAUCUAUCAAGGGUGCAGUCAAACCUAUAUGCAAUUAUAAGCCCCUCCCCAUACACGCAACCUCCAUAUGCUCCGCCCAGCGCAGCCCUGGGUGAAGCACUGUCCAGCCCAUUCAUGCAGUCCCUCAACACUCUGGUUUGUAGCUGUUCAUUCAGUUACAGGGCAGCCUCCGCUAUUUAUUUUUAACUUGUAGAAUUAAAAUGUAAAUGGAGUAGAAUGUCAAAGGCAAAAUCUAUCUGUAUUUGGCGGGUAAAACCUCUGCAUCCUGUGUAUUUGCUGACAUGGGUCCAGUCAGGCUAAGUAGUUGACAGGAAGGCCCGGACCUGGCGAGGCAGAGAAAGAGAGGGUUGUUGUGGCUGAUAUGGGUUUGACUGUACAGCAAAGGGAAAGGGUGCAGAGAAACUCUCAUUUUAACUACAGGUAACGCACUAGGCAACAUGCCUGACAGCUUGAGCAACGCGAACUAAAGAAACCAUUUCUUAUUGGUAAUAAGCAAUCUGAUUGUAUUCAGGAGUUAAGA